GUCACUACUCUGAGCCUAUUUCAAUUCCAGCUCAAAGAGCGGCGAGCUUCCACGACCAAAAUCUCAAUUUGCAAGACCUCUGGCUACUCAACUCCCAUGGAAGAGGUAAGCUCGAUAUAAGGUCUAAAAAAUUGUGAUGCUGGACGUUAUACGACCAAUGUGAGAGCAUCUCGACUUGAGGAGAAGCAUACCUUCAAGCUUAAGCACGGUCAGUGCCAGUACGCACAUCUAUGGAUCAACAAGACAGGGAGAAAGGCCAAUCAAUCCAACAGGCAUGCACACAGGGUGACUUCGACACCCUGGUCAAGCUAGCAACUUCAGCAGGGGGUCUUUUGACCGACGAACUUCGCCGCCAGGCUUGGCCAAUCCUAUUGGGCCACAAGAGUCAAUCCGGAGCAAGUGAACAACAACAGUCAAAUCAGGCCUGGAGAAAGCUACCCCGGCAUUCUGAUGAGGACCAAGUCCAACUUGACGUUGACCGAGCUUUUGUAUACUACCCCAAAGAUGAAUCCGAACAAUCCCUUGACAAGAGGAAAGCAGAACUUUCCGACCUAAUCGUAUCAACACUCAGGAGUCACCCUAUGCUCUCCUACUUCCAAAGCUACCACGACGUCGUACAAGUUCUCCUCCUUGUACUAGGAGAACAUCAUGCUGCCGUGGCCGUUCCGCGAAUAUCACUUCUCCGCCUGCGCGACUAUAUGCUACCAACAAUAUCGCCCGCGAGAAAACAUUUUGAGCUUGUCUCAGCCAUCGUCAAAGCUGCAGACCCCGAACUGGCUGAUCACAUUGCCGAAGCUGAGAAUAGCUUUGCUUUGUCGGCAACGCAUUCCUUGUUUGCCCAUGACAUUCAGAACUAUGGCGACAUAGCUCGAGUGUACGAUUUCCUUCUCUCGCAUGAACCAGUCAUGAGUCUGUACUUGUUCGCCACCAUUACCAUCUCGCGCCGCAUGGAGCUGUUGGAAAUGCCCGCAGAUGAGUCCGACAUACUCACUUUCAUGAUCUCCAAGCUACCACAAACACUGGAGAUCGACGAAUUGGUUCAGAACACGUUGAUCUUGUUCCAACACCACCCGCCUGCAAGGCUCCCUGGCUUCGUAUGGUGGCGAUUGUCACCAUACAGCGUCCUUAAGACAUCACGAAACAUCAAUCAACCACACAACCUCAAGGCCGCCGAGGUACUAUGCCAGAAGCAGAUCCAGCAACUUCGCAGAGAGGAAUUGUUGCAGAGGAGGGUCAAGUUACUGUACAUGUACAGAAGACCGGUAGCCUCGCUGACCGCCACAUUGCUGGUUGGUGCUGUAUCAUUCUGGCUGCGAAGAACUGGACAAGACAGGUUUAUCUUGUCUUUGUUGUCUUCAGCCUUUCAAUAUCUUUCCAGAAAAUCCUGAAUUGACACUCGGCUCAGAUCAGGUCUGAAUGCCGCCACAAUGGUGGUCCU